GUUACUGAAACGCAAAGACGACCGCUAGACAAACUCGAUCAGUUACACAUCGAUUAUUCCGUGUCUUUGUUUUCGUUGAUCCGGGGUUUUAAGGAUGUCUGUUCCCAGCGUUGUCUCGAGAGGUUCUGAAAAGCUGCUUUUCUUCGGGUUUUUGGUUCUGCUUCGGUCGGUCUUGUGUCACGGGUUUGCUGAAGAGUUCACUUCUGGUUUGGGGUCUGUUAUUCUGGAGCCUCUGGACGGGUUGAGAUCAUACGUGGAGUCUAUUGUUGGCACCCAUGUGAUUGAGAUUUGCGUUCAGUUUGUCGAAAUGUUGCUGCAGUUUGUUGCUGAAGGAGCUGCCAGUGGACUGAAUGUCAUUGCUGUGUAUGUAUCUGAAAUUCUCAGAGCAACUGGAGUCAACGAGACGAUAUCAGUGCCUCAUUUCACCGCAGAGGGCGUGUCUGCUGUGACCAAGUGGGCCUUGCUGGCUCUGAUUGGAUACUGGCUCCUGUCCUUGUUGCUUCGAGUCACCGUGGGGCUUGUAAGGCGAGUGUUUUGGCUGAUUAAGGCGGUCGUGGUGCUGUGGCUGUUUGUGCGGAUCGUCUGUGACCCCGCCGCCUCCACUGAACACACUACAGCGAGACUGACUCUACUAGUGCUCAUCUGUGCGGUGUUUGGAGUCGCUACGAGCAGCUGCGGUGGGACAGCAGGCAGUCUGGAAAGCCGAAUUAGCAGACUGGAGGGACAAGUCAAAGGCCUGGAACAGAAGAAAACACAGUAACAAGCAGCUCAAAACAAGCAUGCGGACUCAUGAUAACUGGGAGAUGAGGACUCAGGGAUGACAUCUGAAGUGUUUUAUCAACUCACAACAGCCUUAGGAGUAUUUAUAUCUGAUCUUUCUUGUUUUGAAUAUGUUUCAUAAUUCAUUGGGCCACGGAGACUACUCCCAUAUUGUUUUAACUAAAAUGUCAGAAAAAACGUCAUCCUAGAGCUCCUAGAGAAUUUAAUGUGCUACCAUUAAAGUUGUCCUUGAUUGUUUCAUGUAA